GUUUGAAAGUUGAUCUGUGGAUUUGUCUGAUCCAAUUCGGUUAUCAACAAGCACGGCGGCUUCGAAUCCAUUCUCCUGUUCCAGCUGAUCAGUACUUGAGAAAGUUUGAGGUAAUCGCCAAAGAGCCGGCGUGGCAACACAAGUCAAAUUCUGUGCAAACGCAACCCACAACUGUACAAUUCACUUCAAUUUUCUACAGCGGCCCACCUCAUCGCCUUCACACUAUCACAAUGCUCACGAAUUUGUAUCAUGUUCUAUGACGUCGAAGUAGUUGGCAAGAAGGGUACAAUGGACAUGAUCCUAUUCGUCCUCUACCUCAUAAGAUAUGUGCCGCUGUGCUGUAUUCUGACUAUGUUUCCCGCUAUCAUAGUAGAAAGAACUUUUGCUUCGCGAUAUAUCAGCGAUUAUGAGCAUACCGACCGAUCCUGGAUUUCGUAUUUGGUGAUAACAGGCUCUUUACUGCUUGCUGUGAUUUACUACAUCGUCGUUCAAUCAUUCUUUGUCGGCAUGUAUCCUAUGGUUCUCUUCACGAUAGUUACCUUGUCUAUCUGUGUGCUCUCGUCAGUUGUCAUGAAAGUAAUUCAUGGACGUGAUAUGGCUAAGUUCAGCGAUCUAGCGAAUCAAACUGGCCGCUCAACGAUCAACUACACGUUAAGCAUAAAAUUUCAAUUAGCGGAGAACUUGCGCGUUACAAAGUGGCUUACCUAUGCGUCCAUCGGCUAUACGAUUUGGGGAGGUGUUGCAUCUUUCUUGUGCAUUCCUCCAUUUUUGGUAUUCGAUGGGGACAGCCCUGUCGGACAGCUUUUCUACGAGACCUUUAACGUCUAUUUCGCCUUAACAUUUGCCAUUAUUGCCUGGACAUCUCUAUGGACAACUGGGGAGUUACAACGUUUAAUGGUCAAACUACCACGAUUAUGUUAUUCGCUUCACGUCUCUAAUUCUGAGGAUUUGAAUCCAGGCACUACUAGAAAUGACGAUAUUGUACUCGCAACAGAGAAUUAUUUCAAACAACUCAAUUCUGUUUGGUCCCGUACAUAAGAUCUAGUUUAUCUGCAAGCUUAACACUUUGCUUGAAUUUUUAGCUUAAUUAUGGUUUGC